AAUGAUGAAUAAAUAAAAAGAAAAAAUAAAUUAAAGAAAGAAAAAAAUUAUUAGUUGAAUUAAGUUAUCGAGUGGGACGUCCAGAGGAGGUGGCGCCAAAACACGAAGACGUCACAGAGAGAGUAACUGGCCUUUGAUGUCACGUGAGCAUCUAAACAGCAUCCAAACUAGCAGGUGGGAAUCGGUCAGAUGCUGCAUUCGCGCGCACGCGACUCAUCGGAAGGCACACGACUCAUCUGGAGACAUUUUUCUACCAUGGAACACCUCACGUCUGAACUUACUGCAUUCGUUGAAUGGCUGGCAGAAUACCCUGCGGAGCUUACUGCUGGAUCAUUAGAAGGCCGAGGCUCUGCAAUAGGGAAGACCACUUCUAAUGACAAGGACUUGGAAAGAGACAACACUGAGAGUACCACCAGUAACUGGCUGCAGCUGUUGCGCAAAACGGACGGCAAACGCCAAGUGGUCAUCGCCUCUCUGGCUUUCCACAAGACCUGGGUACAGGUAUGUCAUCUGCUGGAAAGCCUGGAGGAGGAGUACAAGAGCAUGGAGGACUGGUGCUGUGCAACAGGCAAACCUGACUCUUGCGGUCAUAUGGAUCUUGUAACUUCCUUGAUCAGUAAACACCUGAAACAGAAGGAAUUCUUCCUCAAGGCCUGUACUUUAAUCAAGGGCAUUGCAGAUAUCUUCUACCAGUACGUAGAGAGGAACGGCGCAACAAUGGGAAGGCUGGGUCACGACCAAGAAGAACAUGUUACAGGCAUCUUGAAUGAUUUGACUGAGAGAGAGAAUCGUGUCCUAUGUUUAUGGAAUGUAAGAAAGCAGCAACUGGACCAGUGUCUGCAGUAUUUGGCAUUUGAACGCCGUGCCAUACAGGCCCAGGAAAGAAUUCAGGAUAUGGGUGAGGUUUACCUGUCCACACACUACUCCGCCGGCUCAAGCAUCCGCUUCAGGCAGGAGCUGCUGAAAGAGAAGGAAAACCUUAACAUCAUCAGCAAGCAAAUGAAAGAGUGCGUUAAGCUGCUCAUCCAACUGGCGGACGGAUACUGUGCCAAAGGUCACAGCCAUGCCGACAAGAUGAAAAAAUGUGCUUUGGCAGUUGACCGGUGCGACCGGGAUUUGAAGAAGCGAAUGGAAAAGCACCAUUGCAGCUUGGAGAAAUUGACUGGCGCUAAGUACUCGGCUGCCCAUUACCCAAGGGAGAAGAAGCAUGAAGAUAAAGAGAUUUACGGAGAAUGCAUGAUGCCAAGAUCGUGUCGCACACUCAAGCGCGGUCUCAAACUGGAGUUUCAAGGAACAGGUCCCAGUUGGCAAAAGUGGCUCAACAAAAGCGUGUGGUGGCCAAACCAUAAUUAACAAGUGCAAGAAUGGUCGUAAAAUGAGGGCACAGAGAGAACAAUGAAAAACACUUGGACCACAACGCCAUGGUUUGGUGAAGAGAUCCCCUCUCGGGAACCAACUGUAAAAUGUAAAAAAAACCCAACUGUAUAGCUGUAUGGUACAUGUCCAAAA